AUGUCCAUAUCCAUGGCGUUAUUCUCGCCACCGAUCUCAUCUUCCCUUCAGAACCCUAAUCUUAUUCCCAAGAUCUCAUUCUCUCUCCUCUCCACCAAGCGUUUCUCUCUCGUCUCCGUCACUCGAUCUUCCUCCGACAACGGUACGACUUCACCCGUGACUGCUUCAGUCUCUGCAACCACCGUCGAGAUUCCAAAGCCUGUAGAGGAGGUUCCGGUUAAAUCUCCGGCGGAAAGCUCCUCCGCCUCUGAAAACGGCAUCGUUAAAGGUGAAAAGUCCGAUUCGACUACUACUGCGACGGCUAUCAAAUUCGAGGAUGCGAAGUGGGUUAAUGGAACUUGGGAUCUGAAAAAGUUCGAGAAAGAUGGGAAAACAGAUUGGGAUUCUGUAAUCGUUGCUGAGGCAAAGAGGAGAAAAUGGCUUGAAGAUAACCCGGAAACAACUACCAACGACGAGCCUGUACUCUUCGAUACCUCGAUUAUUCCAUGGUGGGCAUGGAUGAAGAGAUACCAUCUACCAGAAGCCGAACUUCUCAAUGGUCGUGCUGCGAUGAUAGGGUUCUUCAUGGCUUACUUUGUUGAUAGUCUUACCGGUGUAGGACUUGUCGAUCAAAUGGGGAAUUUCUUCUGCAAAACACUCUUGUUCGUGGCUGUAGCUGGAGUUCUUUUCAUCCGCAAGAACGAAGAUUUAGACAAACUCAAGAAUCUGUUCGAUGAGACAACGUUAUACGACAAGCAAUGGCAAGCAGCUUGGAAAGAGCCAGAUUCUUCAUCAACUGUUUCUUCAAAGAAAUGA